AUGUCAACAAUUGAAAGACAACCAUCCCCUCAUGGCUCUUUUGAAAUCACUGAGUCAAAAGGAAAAUGGUCAAGAAGGUAUAUAUUUGAUGACGGGUAUACUCAACAACCAUUCCAAAAAUCUCAAAACCAUUUACAAGAAUUGAUCGUACCUGUUGGAUAUCCAACAUCAGUAGAACGUGGUUAUUUUAGAUUUGUCAUUUUUUCUGUUAUUAUGGAAGCUGCAAAUAUGAUGAUGCUUGUUAUGAGUGUUUCUGCAAUUUUAAGAUUUAACUCUGGACAUUCUGCUGCAUUUUUUGUUGUUUUUAGAGAGGUUAUGACCGGGAUGAUGCAUCUGAUUAUUACUGAACGUUGGGGAACUUCUAUUGUAUUUUUUGCAAAACAAUGGAGAAUGAGAAUUGAUUUAAUAUCAGAGUUACUCAGAAUUAUUGAAAUAGCCUUUAUCUCUACACCUAUCUUCUAUUCAAUGAGUGUCACAUGUUCAGUUAUUGAAGGAGUUUUACAAGCAAGUCGCCAAGUCAUUAAAACUCGAAUUCUAAACAACUAUGCAAAAGGAAAUAAUGUUGCUGAACUUACUGAAAAAGUUCAAAACUUAGAAACACUUUUUAGAGUUGUAAGUUUGUUAAUAGGAUGGCUUAUUCUUCAUGUCCUCGGUGAUUUCACUGAAAGUGGAAUCAUUGUAUUUAUUUGUGCACUCAUCAGUCAUUGUGUUUGUAACUUCUUAUUGUCUAAUGUUAUUGUAUUCAAAACAUUAAAUUAUGAACGACUAACAAUAUUAAUGUCCUACUUUAUGAACAUUAAAAACGAAAUUCUUUCUCCAGUAGUUGUCAGCAGAAUGGAAUCCAAAAUUAAAGUAAACGAAAUGGUGAAUAUCAGAAUGGGAAUUAGUUUAAACAGUAUUCCGAAAUCUUCAAAUCUCUACAUAGAAAUAUCUCAAUCAAUAAAAAAAUACCAAUACUAUUUGUACAAAACUUCUACAAAACAAAUAUGGGUAAUACUCGGUGAUCACAUCACCAAAGACGAAAUAUUUGAAUCUUUACUUUGUGCUUAUUCUCAAUUGGUUAUGGGAUGGGACGAAAACAGGCAACAACAAGUAAAAGACUGGGACAUUGUUGGGUGUUUAAAAGAGAAAGGAUGGGACAUUGAAAAUUUGGAUGUAAGAAUUGGUGCUUAUCGUAUACAAUCAGACUUAUUGAAAUUCUAA